CCAGCUCAAGCCUCGCCCCUUACUCCCCGUCCGUCGCCAUGGCCACCGGCACCACCUUCAGCGGCGCGCAGAACAACGUGGGCACGACGCCCAUCGAGGACGCGCUCGAGACCAUCCGCCAGGGCGGCUUCGUGGUCGUCAUGGACAACGAGGACCGCGAGAACGAGGGCGACCUGAUCGCCGCCGCCGAGUUCGCCACCGAGGAGCGCGUGGCCUUCAUGCUGCGCCACUCCACGGGCAUCGUGUGCGUGCCGGCGCUGGCCCCGCGCAUCGACGAGCUGCAGCUGCCGCUCAUGGUGGAGAACAACACGGAGGUGCACAAGUGCAAGUUCACGGUCACGGUGGACCUCAAGGAGGGCAACUCGACGGGCGUCUCGGCCGCGGACCGCGCGCGCACCAUCCGCGCGCUGGCCGACCCCAAGGUGGGGGCGCAGGCCUUCAACCGGCCGGGCCACAUCUUCCCGCUGCUGGCCCAGAAAGGCGGCGUCAUGGUGCGCGCGGGCCACACGGAGGCCGCCACGGACCUGGCGCGGCUCGCUGGCGUCAAGCCCGUGGGCUACAUCUGCGAGAUGAACGACGACCACGGCCGCAUGCUGCGCCGCCCGCAGCUGCAGGGGUUCGCGCAGAAGCACGACGUGCCCCUCAUCACCAUCUCCGACUUGAUCCGGUACCGCGCGCGCACGGAGACGCUCGUGCAGCGCACGCAGCCCAAGGAGACGAGCGUCGCCACCCCGCUGGGACAGUUUGCUAGCGUCGAGUACAAGUCGCUCGUGCAGGAGAACCAGACGUACCAUGCGUUGGUGUUCGGCGAGGUGGAAGGCAAGACCGAGGUGCCGGUGUUCCUCGUGGAGGACGGCUUCGAGGCCAGUCUCCAGGCCCAGUGGGCGCAGCACCACAUCGCGCGUCACGGCUUUGGUGUGCUCAUCUACGUGCACGGCUCGGCGCAGCUUCUGGAGAUCAGCGGAGAGCUCAUGGCGCACCAGAGCAUCUUCGGCAUGGCCAUGCAAGUCGCGCGCGACUUGAAGGUGGGCUCUGUGCGGUUGCUGUCCACGACCAAGGUGAGCUUCGACCCCAACGGAUUCGGUAUUGAGAUCGCGGGCACGGAGCGCCUCGCCACGUCAGCGUAA